CAAAAACCGAUCGAAAAUAAAUAUGAAUCCACACUGUAUUCAAAUUUUCACAUAGAACACCAAACAAAGUUGAUUUUCUGUAAAGCUUAUUAAAAUGAAAUUCGCUUUGCAAUUCUGUCAAAGAGUGCGGCAUCGUCAGCUGCAAAACCGCGGCUUGCAUAUGCCACCAGUUGAAAAGACCAGAAGCAAUGACCAAUGGAAGUACAAACUUGAGCACUCUGAAGAUUUAAUAAAACGGGCAAUGACUCUGUAUAAGCCCAAUGAAUUGAUGCUUUGCUUUAAUGGUGGCAAGGAUUGUACGGUGUUACUGGAUAUUUUAGCAAAAAUAAAGCCUCCAUCGAUUCCAUUGCGAGCAGUUUAUGUUAAGUCCGCGGAUCCCUUCGAAGAGCUGGAAAAGUUUGUCGAUGACUGCCAUAAUCGAUAUGGAUUGCAAUUGCUUCGCUACGAAGGAGUUCUUAAAUUGGCUUUUGAGCAAUUGCUAGCCGAGAAUCCCCAGGUGAAGGCCAUGUUCCUUGGCUGUCGACGCAGCGAUCCUGGUGGCUUAAAUCUUUCAGAGAUGUUACCCUGCGAUAAUGGUUGGCCGGCAAUGAUGCGAAUUUUCCCUUUGCUCGAGUGGAGCUACCACGAUAUUUGGAGUUAUAUUCGAAUCAACAAUUUGCCAUAUUGCUGUCUUUACGAUCAGGGUUAUACUUCUUUGGGAGAUCGCAGUUCAACACAUUUGAAUCCCAGUCUUCUGGCUUAUGACGAGAAUCUGGGCAAGAUGACCUACCGGGCAGCUUUUGAAUUGGAAGACACCCGAAUGGAAAGGGUCAAUAGGGAUGAACAUGACCAGGGGACCAUGGGCGAAUCCAAGCAACAAUAAUCUGGCUCAGAACUUGAGCCAAAGUGGAGCAGCAAGUGUCAGCUAACUGGGCCGACAAUUCUUCGCAAGACCCCAUUUCAGUUGCCAUACAAUUCGCUUAUCAGACAAUUUGAACAACUUCAACAAGCCGGCCGAACACCUUAUGAAAAUUAAACUUGUGUAUAAGAGAAAACAUGGUGAAAGUUGCAAAGAUGAGGUGGUUUUGGUGAAAGCUUUUUGUUUCUAAAGUUCAGGACUUAUAUUAUUUUAAAUGAUAUCACAAGUAACUGAUUAAGGUAAUAGUAUAUUUGUACAUUUAUUGAAAAGACCUGUGGAAAUUGUAAAAGUAAAAUCGCUUCUUAAAUGCAAACUAUUAAAUUUUUUGUUAAAAAUGA